AUGUCUAGUCAUAGUCCAAUUUUAGAAGAGAGUAAUUCAAAUCCAAGUUGUGAAACACCACUAACAAAAUGUAUACUUGAGUGAGUAAAUCAAAUCUUUAAAAAAAAAUCUAUUUUGGAAUCAUAGACCUCAUGAACCACCAGUAAUGAAAUCUCGUGAUUGGUGGAAUCGAACUUGUGAUUUUUUCGGUGCUCGAGAAGCUGCAUUUAUAAAUGAACUUCGACCAUUGAGAGUUGAUUUUAUUCGAAUGCAAGAAGCUCUUAAAAUAUUUCAUUAUGAACUUGAAAGAGACCUCGAAACACAAACAUCUUCAACAUUUUGUUAUCGUCUUGUCAAAAAUUGUAUUCUUCGUCUAAAUCGAAUUUGUGCCAAAUCAACUUUCAAUAUUCCACCAAAAGAAAAUGAAACUAUUCGAAAUGUUGCUUAUGAACUCGCUAUUUUAGCUCGAAUUAUUCAAGAAGUUGUGCAUUUUUCGAAAAAUGAGGAGGAAGCGAAUAUUUUCAAAAAAUCGGCAACAAGAACAAGUGAGGAGAAUUUGAAGAAUAAAAUUCGAACAAUUGAGAAUAUUGUGGAAAAUUUUAUAAAAUAUAUCGAUAAGAAAACUGAAAGAAGAUGGUGGUUGAGAGAUUUGAUCAGUUUUUUGCAUGUUUUAGUAAGGAUCGCGUUAUUUGUCAGUGCUGGAAUUUCAGUUGCAUAUCAUAAUAAUCAAGCUGCACCGAUUGUUACAUUAGUCAUCACUUGUAUUCAGGUUCAGUUUAUUUUUCUUUGAAUUUUAUAAUUUUUUGCGAUAACUUGUGUAAUUACAGGGAACAAUCGAAGCUCUCGAUCAAUUUUUCAUCCGAAAAAAAUUCGGAAACGAAGUUCAAAUAACCAUCAUCGGUCCCAAAACUCCAAAUCUACACUAA